GAUAUUGGCAGCAACACAGUCCAGGCAUACCGCAUAUCUCCUGAGAAUGAGUAUUUUAAUUUAUCUUUUGGGAUUCAGUUCGCAGGCAAGAAGUAUCUGGAACUGGUCUUAGAAAAGCCACUAGACAGAGAAGAGCAGGCAGUGAUGGGUUUCCGUGUCAUUGCAGUAGAUGGGGGUUCUCCUCCCAGAACUGGGACGACUGAAGUGAAAAUUCUAAUUCUGGAUGUAAAUGACAAUGCACCCGUCUUCACACAGGCGGUGUACGUUGGAAAAGUUUUGGAGAAUAUGCCAGAAGGCUCUCUGGUUCUGAUUGUACUAGCAACGGAUCAGGAUGCAGGAAUUAAUGGGGAAAUUUCCUAUCAACUGAGGCAAGAUGUGGGACAGAAUGACUCACUAUUUCUGAUUGAUCCCAUAACGGGUGAAAUUAAAAUCACAAAACCUCUGGACUAUGAGGCAGCAAAAACUCACGAACUGAGUGUAAGAGCCAGAGAUGGUGGGGGACUCUCAGCCAUCUGCAAAGUGCUGGUGGAGGUGGUGGAUGUGAAUGACAAUGCCCCAGAGGUGGUGGUCAGUUCCUUCAGCAGUCCCCUCCCCGAGAACACAGCGCCCGGCACGGUGGUUGCCCUGUUCACGGUCAGGGACCGGGAUUCUGGGGCCAACGGGAAGAUCUCGUGUGGCCUCGAGGAUCAGCUCUUCUUCUCGCUGCGGCCAGCCUAUAAGAAUUACUAUGAGCUGGUGACAGUGAGUGCGCUGGACCGCGAGGAGACGGCUCGCUACAUCCUCAGGGUGACGGCAGCAGACGCAGGGUCGCCUCCUCUGACGAGCACGCAGACCUUCACCGUGGACAUCUCGGAUGUCAAUGACAACGCCCCCGUCUUCAACCAGACAUCGUACACCAUGUACGUGCGUGAGAACAAUGUGCCCACGGUGUUUGUCGGAGCUGUCAGCGCUGCCGACGCUGACGUGGGGCUGAAUGGCAAGGUGAGCUAUUCCCUGGCAGCGGUGCAAGCGGCAGAGGGGCCUUGGUGCUCGUGCGUGUCUGUGAACUCUGAGAACGGGCACGUGUUUGUGCUGCGGCCCCUGGACUACGAGCGCUUGAGGCAGACAGAGGUGACGGUCAGUGCCUCUGACGCGGGCUCUCCUCCCCUCAGAGCCAACGUCAGCGUCCGCCUCGUGGUGCUGGACGAGAACGACAACGCCCCGCUCGUGCUGUACCCAGGCCAGGACAGCAGCCCAGCGUCCAGUGAGCUGGUGCCCGUGUCGGCCGAGGCGGGCUACCUCAUCACCAAAGUGGUGGCCGUGGAUGCCGACUCCGGGCAGAACUCGUGGCUCUCGUACCACCUGCUGAGGGCCAGCGAGCCAGGGCUGUUCACGGUGGGUGUCCACAGCGGGGAGGUGCGUCUGAGGAGGCCGGUGACAGAGAGAGACAGCGUGAGGCAGAAGCUCCUUGUCCUGGUCAGAGACAACGGCAAGCCGCCCCUGUCGGCCACGGCAGCUGUGAGCGCGCUCCUGCUCAAGGACUUUUGCUACGAGAUCAGCCUCACAACGGGCUCGGGCAACAGCGAGUUCAAAUUCCUCAAGCCCAUCCUCCCCAGCGUGCCAGCACAGCACUGCGCCGUGGGCCAGGGCCCGGAGGAUGAACAGCAUUUCCACUGUGUCCCUGUCAGCACCGAGGACACGGCACCAGACAAUCCUGGCACUCUCUCUGCAGGACACUUCAAUUCUCUUUCCUUCAACUAGCUGGGCUCUGCACUGACAGAGGCUUUAAUGCCCAUGGUAGAAAGUGAUGCAGGCAGCAGCAGGUGGCAAUGGUUCUUCUGUAUGAAAUCUGCAUUUUCAAUUGGUGUAAUCUACUUCAUCCUUACUACAAGUCUGAAUAAAUUUUUCUGGCACUCCGAAAACACAAGCAAGGAAGUAAAAGAAACUCAGGUGCUCUCAGUAAGUAAAUAAUAUGUUUCAGCUUUGGAUGGCAAUUUCUUAAAGGUUUUAAAAAUAGGUUUACCACUCCCCCUAUGCUCUUGUCUCUCUUGCUGUCCAAUGAGACAGUGGAGUUUUGGUCUUUCCUGUGACACGAGGGCACAGUUUGACAGACAGUUCUCCUCCUUCAUAAAAUAAACAAAACUGCUUUCCAAGCUGAGGAAUGCAAUGGUAUUGAGAGUAGAGUGUCACAAUGUUGUGUGAGGAUUGGGCUCUUUAUUCCCUGAGUUCUCGAUGCCUCUGUUUAAGAUGUGUCAACUCUGUAUGCUUUGGUUUCCUGUCAGUCACCAUAGCCACUGUGUGUCUGCAUACGAUUCACUAGUGCUGCCCGGUGAAUGGUGGAGUUGCUUCCAUCCAACUUUUGAAAUGCAGGCAAUUUCAGCUCAGCUGGCAAGAGGAGUAUAUUCACCUUCUCAGAACAGGAGUCUCGUACUCCCCAGGGCAGAGAAAACUGUAAAAUGUACACCAAAAUAUUCUUUUUGCCCUGUAAAGCAGUGCUCGGUGUUCUGUCUAUUUGAAAUAUAUAAAUAUAACAGCACAAAUGGUAUUUGGUUUACUACAACUGUACUAAGUUUGGAAAACAUGUUCAUUUCCUUUGGCUACAUUUCAUGAAAACUCCAUAUGUCUUUCAGAGAGUAUUUUCUGAAGGGUAGAAUCAAUAUGAAAUGGUAAAAAGGAGAUUGAUAUUGGUCUUCUUAUUGUUCCUAUAUACAAUGAUUUCUUGUUGGGUGUAAAAAGCUGUCCCUACAUGAUUUUUUCUAUCUGUGCUAGAGCAUUUUCAUCCCCGUUUUUGCUCUUUCUCCUGCUAUUUUCUGAACUGAGUCUGAGCAUUAUCUUUCCUUUCCUGCUUAAGGACUGACACUGAUAUAUACAAUAACAAAUUACUUGAAUGAUGUCUGUGAUGCAUGGGAUAUUCAGAAAGCCUCACGCUGUGUUUUGUUGAAGUUAUAAAGUUUAACAUGGUAAACUUGCAUACCUCUAAGUGUAAAACUGAAAUAAAGAGAACACCUGAAUGUCCUG